AUGUUGCAGCAAUGGGAGACUCAUCUCAAGGAACUUGCCAAGGUUGUUGAACAUGGCCAUGAGCAAGAUGUUGUCAUGGGACCGGCUUAUGAGCUGGAUGACUUCAAUUUGAACAUCGUUGAUAGCGUGUUGGAUCCCAUCCUUAGUGGUCCGGAAGCAAUCGCUACCCUGCCUGACCAUCGGUCCGAUGUUGACGGCAUUUACACGCCUAUCUCUCUAACUUCACUUUUUUGUGCAAGUAUUCCCUUGAAUACCAAACAGCGACUGGUCGUCGAGAAAGUGUUGGGAGAAGCACUGAGCUGGGAGAAUCAUCCUUACGAUGCUUCGCAACGAUCUCAGACGCUUCUCUAUAUUGGAAGCGAAGGAGGCGUUGGUAAGAGUCAAAUCAUCAAAGGCAUAAUAGCCGGGAUGGAUCUCAUCCGCCGCAAAGAAGAGGUGAUUCUCAUGGUUCCAACUGGGGCUGCAGCCGACAAUAUCGGCGGCAACACGUUUCAUACCUCUCUGGGCAUUUCUGUUACUCGCUCUCAAGGCCAUGCGAUGGCUGCUCGCGUGCAAAAACUCUGGUCCCGGAAGACCAUUAUGAUCAUCGACGAAAUCAGCAUGAUGGAUUUCAGUAUGCUUAGUGUGAUCAACAGCCACUGCAAAACGGCGAGAUCCCUUGAUAGAAGAUCACCCGACCUCUUCAGUGCUUUACCUAUAGUCAUCCUCAUGGGCGACUUUUUCCAGUUCCCACCUGUGCGAGGCCCAGCAUUGUGGAAGGAACCCAGAAAAGCCAAUGCCGAAAACGAAAUGGUCGACUCAUAUGGCAUCAGUUCAAGAAUGUGA